CACACUGGAGUGAAACCAUAUCAGUGCUCACAGUGUGGAAAGAGUUUUAAUGGACAGAGUGAUCUCAAAAGACACCAGCGCAUUCACACUGGAGAGAAACCGUAUCAGUGCUCACAGUGUGGAAAGAGUUUUAAUGGACAGAGUGAUCUGAAAACACACCAGCGCAUUCACACUGGAGAGAAACCAUAUCAGUGCUCACAGUGUGGAAAGAGUUUUAAUACAAAGAGUGAGUUUAAAAUACACCAGCGCAUUCACAGUGGAGAGAAACCAUAUCAGUGCUCACAGUGUGGUAAGAGUUUUAUUACACAAAGUAAUCUCAAAAUACACCAGCGCAUUCACACUGGAGAGAAACCGUUUCGGUGUUCACAGUGUGGAAAGAGUUUUAAUAGACAGAGUAUUCUUAAAAAACACAAGCACAUUCACACUGGAGAGAAACCGUAUCAGUGCUUACAGUGUGGAAAGGGUUUUAGUCAACAGAGUAAUCUCAAAAUACACCAGCGCAUUCACACUGGAGUGAAACCG